AUGAAGCAGCUUAAAAAGCUCACCUGCACAGAGAAUGAGGUUCUGGAGGACGUUAAACAAGGCUACCAUAAGGAGCAUCUUUAUGACAGCAGACACCUCAAGAACUCUCACUCCAGACGCAAGAGAAGCAUUGAGGAGGCAGUGCCUGCUGUCUGUAAGACUCGCACAGUGAUCUACGAGAUCCCACGCAGUCAGGUCGAUCCCACGGCCGCCAACUUCCUGAUCUGGCCUCCGUGUGUGGAGGUGAGACGAUGCUCAGGCUGCUGCAACACCAGCAACAUGCGCUGCCACCCGUCCAAAAAGCACCACAGGACCGUGAAGGUGGCCAAGGUGGAGUACGUACGCAGGAGGCCGAAGCUCCGGGAGGUGCAGGUGCAGCUGGAGGAUCAUCUCGAGUGCGUCUGCACGUCCAAACAUCACUCAGAGUCCCGCAUACACACGGCAGAUAUAAGGUGAGCGUGGCACUGGAUAAAAGAAAGCAGAGGAGGGCCAUGGCAUCCAAUCAGAUAACUCAGACUGCACGACAGCUAUUGAGUGAUAUCAUCUGAAAAGACGAGGCGGAUGUGAACUGUUCAACCCUGAGCGAAUCAGGACAGCCUUUUUGGAUCGCUUUGGACUUUUGAUGCACCUUUAGAAGGCACCCAGAGAGAGACUUUGGUGUUGGAUUAAAACCCAGGGGAACUAAGCACAACAAACUAGAGACUGCAAGGACAGAGACUCGCAGAAAACGAACUUUGAGUCACAGACGUUGAAAUUCUGAUUCUAUGACCUUUUAAAGGAGCAUCUAUCACGACUUUAUGUAUCAAACUGUAUUUUCUCAAGCAAAUAUCUGUAUCAUGUUAUUUUUGUAACUGCCAGUUUUCUAUCAACACUGAUCUUCUCUUGUAUAUGCCGUAGAAUGAACGAGUACAACAAAACACAAUCUGCAGUAACUGAUACUAAUAAAGUGAAUACGUUUUUUGUAUUUGUUUGACAGACAACUGUCCCAAAGAUCAGUAUGACUAUGUGCAUUUAUUACACCGUGUUCUAACCAGGAGCAUUGUGAUAAAUUUAAUCUCUUCUAUGUCUCUUCCUAUCUGAAUUUUCUCUCAACCAACUGUAAACACAGCAAGCGA